AUGGCUCAGCCGCCGCCGCCUCCCUUCGGCUCGCGCUUCGCGGGGCCGCCCCAGCGCGCCGCCUUCCCGCCGCCCGCGCUCCCCCCGCCGGGGCCUUUCCGGGGACCGCCGCCUCAGCCCUUCCCGCGGGGCCUCUACCCGCCGUUCCCAGCCGGGGGCCUCCCGCCUCCCGCAGGCCCGCCUUUCCUGCCGCCGCCGCCGCCGCCGCCGCCUCAGUGGCCACCGGCCCUGCCGGAGCGGCCGCCGUUGCCAUGGAGACCGGAGGGCCCGCCGAGGCCNCGGGGCGAUGAAGCGGCGCCGGGCGAGGUGGCGGCGGCCGAGGCCGGCCUGGAGGAGCUGCGAGCGCUGGUACGGCCGCUGCGCGAUCCCGGCGCCCUGCAGCUGCUGCGGGCCCGGCUGGAGCGGGGCCGGCGGAAGAGGCUGCGGCGGAGGCAGCAGAGGCAGGAGGCUCGCGCCGCCCGGCAGGAGGAGGCGGCCCGCCGCGCCGAGCGGGAGGCCCGCGUCAACCUCUGGAGGGCCCGGCGGGCCCAGGAGGCGGAGGACCGGCACCGGGAACAAGAACUUAAAGCUGCUGCCGAUAGUGUGUUAUCAGAAGUGAGAAAAAAGCAAGCGGACACAAAGCGGAUGGCCGAAAUUCUGCGUGGCUUAGAAAAGCUUAGGAAACUAAGAAAAGAAGCAGCGGGAAGGAAAGGUGUUUGUCCGCCACCAGCUGCAGAUGAAGCCUUUGAAAGUGAAGUUCAGAAUUUAAGAGCAUCGAUUAAAAAACGCACUGAACUCUAUGAAGCUGAAGAACGCGCUCUCCGAGUCAUGCUGGAAGGCGAACAGGAAGAAGAAAGGAAACGGGAAAUGGAGAAGAAGCAGAAGAAGGAAAGGGAAAAGCUCCUGCAGCAGAAGCGUGAAAUGGAUUCCAAACUGUUUGGGGAUCCAGAAGAAUUUCCACUUGCCCAUUUCUUGGAGCCAUUCACACAAUACUAUUUGCAAGCUGAAUGUUCCUUGCCAGCUCUCAUCCAGAUCAGGCACGAAUGGGAUCAGUACUUGGUGCCUGCAGGUCACCCUGAAGGAGAUUUCAUCCCACCAGGAUGGGUCCUUCCAAGUCCUCCCUCCAGUGACACGUGGGCCACAGCUGUCAGGUGAGAACUUUGAAGCACCGUUGAAGACGAACACAUAGCAUAAUUUGCCAGUUUGGGAAGGCUGAAGUAACAACGUAUGAUUGAUAACUCACAUUAGAACGAGUUCUUUGAGAAGACCAGUACUGUCCUUAAAGAUGCUGUUAAAAGUAUGGCAUUGAUGCUUAUUAUAGUGCUUGUAAGUCCUCUCUAGCAUCUGGUUAUACUUUAGUAUCACAGGAUUUUGAUCACGAAAGAAGUAUCAAUGAAUCCCUGCUGUGCAUGUAUUGGAAUUUGGGAUAGGUCUAUACUUUAAAAUGAUUUUCCUCAGAAAUUUAUCCGAGCUUACCUUAAAUGGGAUGUAAGUGCUAUCAAAUCAGUAGUGUAAUCCCGGAGAUAGAGAAAUAAAUUUGCCAUGGAUCUGCAGGGCGACAUUGGCAAAUAGAGGCCAGAUAUAAAGCUCAGCUUAUCUAUGGAGCUUAUAUAGUUCAGAAACCACGAAAUUAAUGCAUCAGCUAAAUAUUAUUGUAUGUGUUCUUAAUGUAAAGUAAACUGUGGGAACUCAGAAUUCACUGCCCCGGGCAACAUCAAAGGUGAUUCCUUUGGAACAGUAUCCAGAUGUUCAAAUAUCCAGCUAUCUUCCCAAACACCUCUGUGGUUAUCUUGGCCUUACAAGGCAGGAAUUAAAUGAAUUGACAGAUGGGGCCUAUAGUGGUUUCCUUUGAAGUUUUGAGUUCUUGGCUUUCAAAAAUGACGGCGCUCAAUUGGAGUUGUAUGGCGUGAAUUAACAGUAGCUUUUCCAUGUUGCCACAAAAAGUGCCUUUCAUUUAUACACACAUACGUUACACAUACUUAGGGAAGCAUUUGUUUUGUUUUGUUUUGUUUUUAAAGUAGGAUAAUUAGAAUAGGAAUAUAAGCUAAAGGGUUUUUGCCUCUUUAUAUUUUUGUUACAACAUCAAAGCACAGUUUGGCGUUCAGGAAGGGAAUCUUGAAUUUCUGUGUAAUCCUGCUCUCCUUUCUGUGUUUUAAUAAACGACCCCUUGCCAGCCUAGUUUGCAACCCUAGUCGAAGGGCACAUUUUCAGUUUAAAUAAAUGGCAAACUGUAGUUUGUACAGAAGCAUAAACCAUUCCUUGAAGUGAAAGAAUAUAAAGAAGAAGCGGACGGAUUUUGUUGCCUGCGAAUUACUAGCUGUUCAGGAAAUCUAUACGUGCUUAUAUAGAUUUUCUGUAUAAAGUUGUUGAAAACAAUACACAUUCUGCAUAUAUUCUGCGAUUCAUAAAUUGCAAAAAAACUAGAAAUUACUGUUGUUGAACAAAAUUAAUGUGUUCAUACCAAACAUUUCUCCACUGCUCAGCAAAUGUCGGAUAUAUUAUACCUGCUUGCUCUUUCAGAUCUGUUUACUUCUGAAACACAAAGUCCUAAGCAUUUAAUACCAGUUGCUUUAGUUCAGCAUUAUUUAUACUGGAAAUAUAACGUUCUCCAAUCUCAUACUUUUUCCUGUAUUUCUUUAAGAAAAGCUAUACUAUUAUUAUUUUAGUUUAACACAAACCCUGUUGAUCAUUUUCUCUCGGACCUAAGAAAAAUUGAAACCUGAGGCAUGGCUGUUAAUGGCAUAAAAGAGCAUGCUGUACCCAAAUUGCUAGUACAAACCAUAGCUUUUGUCUGGUACAUAUAUGCAAUAGCUAGGCUUGUUCAACUUUUGUUGCAAGAUAAUUGUCAAAUAAUCUGCAAAGCAUGGUUUAUUGUCUUGUAAAGCUUUGCGACAAAGUAUUGGGGAUGCUGUAAUGAAAAACCAUAAAUUGUCAGAGUGACUUAUAGUCCUGUUUAAUAAAAGUAUGUUGCCUUUUGUUUGUACUUAAUAAAUUAU